UCAGUAGGCUACAGUAGUUUUAACACGAAUACAUGUUUCCUGUUCUCUCGCCAACCCCUCAAACAUUCUCCCUGCCACAUUCUUUCUCUAACCCUUCAAACAUGGGCUGCAGAAGAAAAGAUAGCUUUCUCUGGGGCAAAGCUUCCAUUAACCCUAGCUCAAUGGAGAGGCGGGAGAUAGGAACUAUGAAGUUUCAUAAAAGGGACCUAUUAGAUGAUAUUCAGAAGCUGAGGUUGGAGAUUAACAGCGUCAUAACAGAACUUCACAGCAUUGAUGUGGACGAGGAGAACAAAAUCUUUGUAAGGAACAAGAUGUUCUUAUGUGGGAAAAAGAAAUUCAACAUGGACCCUAAAAAGGGUAUUAAGUAUCUGGUUGACCACAACCUUUUGGAAUGGGUGCCAGAGGCAGUAGCUGAGUUCCUAUACAAAGAGGAAGGGCUGAACAAGACGGCCAUAGGAAACAUCCUGGGAGAGAGGGAGGAAAUGUACCUUGAUACUCUAAAAGCCUUUGUAGACCUUCACGAGUUCUCUGACCUAAAUCUGGUGCAGGCACUGAGGCAGUUCCUGUGGAGUUUCCGUCUCCCUGGAGAAGCCCAGAAGAUUGACAGGAUGAUGGAGGCUUUCGCUGCGCGCUACUGUGACUGUAAUUCAGGUGUCUUUCAGUCGACAGACACCUGCUACAUCCUGUCCUUUGCCAUCAUCAUGCUGAACACCAGUCUCCACAACCCCAACGUGAAGGACAAACCGACUCUGGAGCACUUCUUCAGUAUGAACAGAGGCAUCAACAACGGGGGAGAUUUACCCAACGAUCUGCUCAUGAAACUCUAUGAGAGCAUCAGGAACGAGCCAUUCAAAAUCCCAGAGGAUGACGGAAACGACCUGACACACACAUUCUUCAACCCAGACAGAGAGGGUUGGCUGCUCAAAAUGGGGGGCAGAGUAAAGUCAUGGAGGAGGCGGUGGUUUAUUUUGACCAACAGCUGCCUGUACUACUUUGUAUUUACCACAGAUAAAGACCCCAUAGGGAUAAUUCCCCUUGAAAACCUAAGUGUUAGAGAGGUACCAGACUCUAACAAACAGUAUUGUUUAGAGAUCUACAACCCCAGAGGGCAAAAAAUCAAAGCGUGCAAAACAAAGAACGGAGGCAAAGUGGUGGAGGGGAAGCACCAGUCAUACAGGAUAAGUGCUGCCACAGCAGAGGAGAGGGAUGAGUGGAUACGCUCCAUCAGAGCAAGUAUCACCAAAGACCCAUUCUUUGACUUGGUGGAAUUGCGCAAAAGGAAGAUCCUCAAUAAUAACAGUGCUUCACAGGACUGAGAAGUCAGACACUGGACACGGUAGAUGUUUCUUUCCGUAGCUCACAUGGCGUUGGACUUUGAAAUGCUGUUUAGUACAGUAUAAUGUAGUGCAAUAUGAUCCCACUGAUGUCACUUACCUAGAAUGAAAAAUUAUAAGUAUGAACUGUGUGGUUUGCAACAACCACCACCUCACACUGUAACUCAAUUGAUGGUGCAAGUUAAUAGCCUCUCAUUCUGCUCAUGUUUUUUCUGUCAUUCCUUUUUAGAAGUCAUGUGUCUUUACAGAAGAAGUCUUGCAUUUUUCUGUAUGGAUUGAUUUGAACAUAAUGUACUUUGAGAGUCCCAAUCUACAUCUGUAGAUGUCCUAUAGAUAGUAGUAAUUACCUACAAACUUUCAACAAACUAUCUGUUGAUAAGCAACCAUUUCCUAAGGUUAGAGUUGCAGAGCAUUUGCAGAAUAACUUUUGGGACUCUCAAAACAGUGUAUAUAUUCAUAGUGGUUACCGGCCAGUUAUUUAAGGUCAAUAUUAUUGGAAACGCAGCACUUCAGAUUAAGCUCAGCAAUUUCAGUUCCUUCCAAACUUCUGCACUAGCCCCCAUUUCCUUCCACUAAGGGACACAAUACUUCAACAUGGAUUCAGCCCUAUGAUAUUGUUUAAAUAUUUUUGAUUAUGUAAAUAAAUAUAUAUAUAUAUGAAUAUUUAUGGAUUCAGUUUCCACUCAACUUUGUAAAGAUUGUGAAAGCAUCUGUCUAGCACAUUCUCUUAAAAAAGACAAACGAUA